AUCUCCCGGCCGGGCGCCGGGAGGCGCGUCGCGGUGGCCAAGGUGGGUGCGCGCCUUGCGGGCCUCUGGGAGCCCGGGACCUCCUCCGCUGGGGCCUUGGACCUGGUCUCAGAGCCCGUGAGACUCCCGCCUGGGACGCGAUCCCCGAGCUCCCUGCCUUCAGCCAGCGGCCUCGCAGACCCAGUUCUGCGGCUCAUCUGUCCACAGGCCUUCCUUCGCCUCACUUGUUUGGCCCUAGGACACGCCCCCGUGCAGGACUGGCCACCCGCGCGUGCCAGGAGGGGUCGACUCCACAGAGGCACGUGAACACUCCCAGGAAGCCCUGGGCAACUCCAGCUCAGCAGCUGCAUGUUUUCUGAGCAGCUUUCCUUCGGGUCGGCUGGCCUGGCCACACCAAGAUGCAAGGCGGGCAGGAGGUGAGGAGAGAGGCAGUGAGUGACCUCGCACAGGAACCUGGAGAGGGGUCCCUUCACCAAACAGCUGGAGGACGGAGUGGUGACGGUUUGGAACGGAGGAGAAUCUGCUGCGAUGGUCCCCUGACUCCUCUGCCUGAUGCGAAAGCUAGCGGCUCCAGACUGGAAGAGGGUCUUCCCGCCUGCAUGCUCAGCUGUCCACACCCAGGGGAGCUCAGCGGAGGCUGGGGAGAGUUCGAAGGCUUCCGGGAGUCUUCAGCUAAGUCCGAGCAGUUUUCUCAGUCUUUUGAACUCCUAGGAAGAGCCGCAGAACAUCAGCCGCUGAGAACCCCUUCAAUCCCAAAAGAGCAUGGUUCUUGCCAGGUGCAGCAGGGUGGACCCUGGGUGACAGGAACUGCUGCUGGCCCGUCUUCAGAGUCCAUUCUCAGCUAUGAGAAGGUUUUUAGGUGUGCGUUUCAAGAAGUCCCAGUGGAACGGGCAACUGAAGACAUUUGUUCUCUAGACCAUUUCUUAGAAAUAAGCAGUGAAGAAAAUGCUGGCCUUGCAUCUGUGCCUAGACUGUGCUCUGAAUCUAGGAAACUCUGGAGAGCUCUUCAGAACCCCGACACUGCAUCUGCUUCACAGCGUCUCUGGAGCGAAUCUCACUGUUGGGAAAACCUCUUUCCUGUCCUUGGGGUAGAUGCUGCUCAGAAGAGCCUUUCUGGAGGCCAGGGUCAUGUUCUAGAAGGUUCUGACCUCAGAAAGCCUGAAGAGCUGCUGGCAGUCAGCAGUUUCCGCCUACACCACUGCAAAGCCCUGAUUCAGACCAAGCUCUCAGGGACAUCUGGCAGCAGACAAGGCAGCCUGAUUACCUACAGCCUGUUUCUGAAGACACCACUACAAGGAAAUGGGCACUACAUCACCAUUCCACAAAAAAAGAUCUUUACUCCACGCAACCUAAAAAUGGCAUUCUUUAGUAAUGAUGUUUGCUAAAAGCAGGAGUACUUUGUACCUCUGUGAGAUAUUUUACAUUCUUACUGGUUUUAGUACUGAGAACUAUUCUAUGGCAUUGUUUCCCAGAUCCAUGAUUGUUUCCUAGGACCUCUAUCAACCUACUGUAUACCUAAUGCGCUCAGAUCUGAUGGGGUGCACAGAGGUAAUGUCCUAGGGCAGAAUCAGUCUCCAUAGUUUCUGGGGACACUGUAGGCUGGCACCAGGUGCCUGAUGACUCCUGCCUGGCUCAUAGUUGGAUCCAUGAGUCACUUGCAGGACCCCACCCUGGCCCUGGCUUCCCUCGUGCUGUUCCCUAAGAUGUUAAUGCAUACCCCUGUGCCGGAUCCUUCCCUCACCCAGCAGCCUUGAGACAAGCUUUUCUCUUGAGUAGAAGGGUGGGUGGGAAACCGCACUGGGUGUCCCAGGGGAACAGCUGGAUGAGCAUCUGCUGAGAGAACUUUUUUCUUCUAGGGGCAUACUCAAGGCAGCACUGAAUUUUGUAAACUUUUAUUAAAAAGAAAAGACUAUGUAA